UGUCCGCGGGAUUUGAACUGACAUUAAAUUGAUGGCAAGCAUCAGUGGACGGAGGUAAUGACGUAAUCCUGUGUGUGCGUGUGCCGACAGGGUAUAAAAAGGAGGCGGGAUGUGGACAGACCCAACAACUAAAGUCAUUCAGCGUGGAAAAUGUGUCCUGCGUGGCCGUUGGUGGCGGCGGCGCUGCUUGUGGGCGUGGCCAAAGGAUCUGACAGUCCGUGCUGGGAGCUUCCCGCUUGCCAGGAAGUCCUCUCGGAGAGCGACAUCAUGGAGUGCAUCCGACUCUGCUGUGCCGACGUCAGCGACGAGAAGCCGCAGGUCCCGGGCGACGCCCACCUACAACCGUUCCCUCCACCCGAGCCGCCACUACCCCUCCCCCCCUCCAAGCGCUCCUACGCCAUGGAGCACUUCCGCUGGGGGAAGCCCGUGGGCCUGAAGCGCCGCCCCAUCAAGGUGUACGCGGCCAACGCCGUGGAGGAUCAGUCCGACCAGGUUCUGAGGAAGCGCGGCCUCGGGGAGGAGGCGGAGGAGGAGCGUCAUCUCUCAGUGGACGUGUUCCAGAAGAAAGACGGCACCUAUAAAAUGAGGCACUUCCGUUGGGGCGCCCCGCCGAUCGCCAAACGCUACGGCGGCUUCAUGAGAGGCUACGCCGGGCACAACCAGAGGCCGCUGCUCACGCUCUUUAAAAGCGUCUUCAGCAAAAUUGGCGAGCGUUGACGGUGUGAGGCGCCAGGCUUUUUUUUUUUUUUGGUUUUGUUCAAGUUCAAGUUAAUCUCAUUUUUUCCCCCUCUCAACCUUUGUCAGUCCUGUGUAAUUCACACGCUAUCGCACCGGACGCCAGCAGAGGGCAGCAAAUAUUCAGCUCUUAUCACUUUUGUCUUGUCUUACUUCAUUGCUCCACUUGGGGGCGCUGUGUCACCUGUGUUCCAAUUUGUACCUUCUAAAAAAUAAAACACACGACGUCUUUUUGCUCGAGGAAGGUGGGAAAACAGGAAGUGUCCUUCAAUUCAAAUCAAAUAAAAUGUGUGUGAAAUCUC